AUACGAGUAAGCACAGCAGCAAAACUAAACUGAUCAUACACACAAAUUAAGUUGUGAUCAUCCGAGCAAAAGCAAAGCAAGAGAACGGUAGCUAGCUAGUUGACACAAUGAGGGCGGGCAGGUUGGUGAUCCUCGUGGCGGUGGCGGUGGUGGUGGUGGUCGCCGGCGGCGGGGCGGCGGAGGGCGCCGGCGAGUGCGGGAGGGCGUCCGCCGACCGGGUGGCGCUGCGGCUGGCGCCGUGCGUGUCGGCGGCGGACGACCCGCAGUCGGCGCCGUCGAGCAGCUGCUGCUCGGCGGUGCACACCAUCGGGCAGAGCCCCAGCUGCCUGUGCGCCGUGAUGCUGUCCAACACGGCCAGGGUCGCCGGGAUCAAGCCGGAGGUCGCCAUCACCAUCCCCAAGCGCUGCAACAUGGCCGACCGCCCCGUCGGCUACAAGUGCGGAGAUUACACGCUGCCUUGACCCUUGAGGCCUUGAGGGGGACUGUGGCACUUAUCGAUAUCAAGACGUACGGAUGCCGUGGGAGCUUAGGCUUUGUGUCGGAAUAAGCGAGAGUCCUUCAUGUUCGGGGCUCUGCCACUUAUAUGGACUAUGCACGUGGUGGUUGUGAAAAUAUGUAUCCUGUGUUUCGUCUGAGUAAACUGUUAAAUAUAAUAAGAAUAUACAAAAGCUUGCUUGACAAAUUAA